AGAUCUCAGAUUUAUGCAGACUCUUUUGGGGUUUUUAGUGAGAGAAACGAGAUGGAGGAAUCGAUCUCAGCCUUCUGCAACUCUUUAGGGGGUUAUUGCAAGCAGCUUCAGAGCAGCUGUGAUGCCCUAAAAGACUCUAUCAAUAGACGACCAAUUCCUCUUAAGUCUGCCUCUUCAACCUUUGUUGAGUGUCUAAAUCGCAAGGUAACGGCAACUAGUGAAGAUCUCAACUUGCUUGAGUCCAUGGUCAUUGACACAGUUUCUUUUGAAGAGCUUUUGGGGUACUGCCAUCAAGUCUAUAUAAAUAACCAAAAUGAUAUCUUGGAGCUCGAGGAUCACCUCAGAGAUUUUGGCUAUGUACCAGGCAAAAUCUCCUUUGAGUCAAUGAGCGAUGAAGAAAAUGAGGCUAAAGAUACUUUGGCAUCUGAUUUUCGACUUGGAUCCACAGUUUCAAGUCCCCUAGAUGAAUCAAAUAGGGGAUCUUUAUCUUUCACUUUUGGUCUGGCUUUUGAACCUGAGUCGUUCAGGAAGAGGCUUCAAGAGGAUGAUCUACUGGAGGACUUUCCAUGCUUGCAAGAUAUUGGUCUCUCGGAUGCUUGCCUUGCGACGUUGGCAUCUACGGCAGAUGAUGACUUCAGAAGUCCUGAGGAUGUCAUACGAAAACCUCCAAGGAACAUACAUUUUCUUUCUGAAUUGCCCCAGCAGGCACACAUGGAUGAGCCGCUUAAUCUUAAAGCUUCCAAACUGCCGCCUCCUAUGAAUGUAUUGAAUGUUGAAGAAACUAUUGAGGCAAUUCAUUCAAAUCCUUCAGGCGAGUUGAGAGAUGAGGCUAACACACUUGGAGGUGGGAAUGGAUUGGUGAUCAGCAUUGUGAAGGGCGACUAUGAUAAACUUCCUUCCUAUCUGAAGUUCUUAGCAUCAUGGGAGGAUGUGAAUGAAGCUGUUACAAAAAUGAACUCUGUUCUUAAGCAGAGUGAGAGGAAUAUGCUCUACGAGGAUGAAUUCACAUCAGGCACAUUUGGUCCAAAGGGCAAGUCUUGUUUGCUUCUUCUCAUGCGCAUGAACCAAGUGGCAGUUGAGCCAGUGCAAGGCAAAGUCACGUAUCGCUUGGUGGUUAAUUAGCAGUUGUGAAAGGUUUGGUUCUCAUUUUCUUUUCUGCAUAUUUUUUAUUAGUUCAUGUUUCCUUCUCUUUUGUAGUUUUGUAUGAAUCAUUGUUUUGCUAGAUCUCUGUAUGUAAUAAUGCUUUGUCAUCAUAUUUGUGUCAUUCUAAUCAAAACUUAUACGCAUGAAUGCAAGAUUUUUUCUUCUUU